AUAAUAAUUUAUAUUUAUACAGUAUUUAAUUUUAAUUAUUAGAGGCUUAGAGCCAUUUGUUUUGUUUUUUUAGUGUUUGUUGUGUGAGUAUAUUGAAAUAUAGAGUAUGUCUUCAAAAAAGUAAGUUAAUUAUGAUAUAUUAUAGAAGUUUUCACAGUUAUUGCUCAGAAAUAAUUAGUAACUAUACCAAUAUAACUUUCUAUAAUUUGAAUUUGUUUUCAUUUGUAAGUGUGGACAAAAAGAAAAAAAGAGGGUCUGACCAAUUAGCUGCACUCAUUAAUUACAUGAGUAAUGAUCCAACAUUUGCCGCAGGAAAAUUUAAAGAUCCUCAUAAUGGAAAAAGGCAAAUGGAUGUUGAGUGGGCAGAAUUAGCAGCCAAUCUCAAUGAAAUGGGACCUCCUAAAACAGUUGAGCAGUGGAAAAAAUGUUGGCGUAAUGAAAAAUGUAUGGCUCGUAAAGUUAAUAGUGCUUGGAAUAAGUAUUUGAGCCAGACUGGGAAUUCAUCUUCUAAUAAACCCCCUGAACCUAAUGAUCGCCAUCAACUAAUAUUAUCCACAAUUGGUACUGAAACUUCCGUUGGUAUUGGGGUAGGGGAGACUGGAUUUGGUGAGUGUUCAAAUACUGUAGAUGAAGGAGAAGGGGAUUUUGGUGGAGUUCUUAUGGAUGAAGAAACUAAUGUAGCUGAAGGGAUAGAGGAUUUAGAAGAAAUAGCUGACACAGUGGUUUUAAACACAUUUGGUUUUAAAGAUGAAAGUAUCACCUUUCCACAAUUAACCACUCCACUGACACCGAAGGUAAAACCAUCUCCUAAAGUUGAUACAUAUAAAAACCUUGUUGAAGAAACUAAUAGUACUCUAAAAACUAUGACUGAAGCCAUUCGUGAAAAUACAGAGCAGAUGGGGUCUGUUGUGCAUGCAAUCACCAGCAUGAGUGAUAAUAUUGCAAAGUUAACAAAUGCGCUUACAGUAAUAUCUGCACAAUUUGCUAAUAAUAAUGCUAUUAAUAAAGGCUUAAAAGAUUAUUUUGUGUUUUUUUGGCUAACUGCUUAAUACGUUUUUGGUUGCUUAACUUAUUGUUUAUUCGUACUUGUGCUUCUUUUUGCUUAAGAUUAAUGCAUGGAUAAUGUAUGUAUGGUGUUGGGACAUAUAAUUUUAAUGUAUCACUUCUGGGUUACUUGUAAGUUAUAAUUGUAAGUUAUAUUUAAACAUUGCACUUAGAGUUUUAAAAAUCUAUUCCACUAUAAAUUACAACAGUUACAGCCUUUAGGUACCGAGGUAAGUACAUAUUUAUUUUGUUGUUUAUUAUUUCUCUUGUUUUUUCUGUUUAAUUAGUAAUGCACGGAACCUGUGUUCUCUAUUUAAAAAUGUUUGGUGUUAAGACAUAUCAUUUGAAUGUAUCACUUCCUAACCUAACCUACUAAACAACUUUCUUAGUAACUUACUUAUAAGGAUUGAUGUUCAGGUAGGUAACCAUUUAUUGCAAUAUUUAUAUAUUGCACUUACAGUUUUAGAAAUCUAUUCCACAAUGAAUUACAAUAAUAAUUAUAGCCUUUUGGUAAGUACAUAUUGAUUUUGUAACUU